GGGUUCCAUGGUCACCCGCCGCCUCCUCCAGGUCUGCAGGUGACGCGGCGAGGGCGCUGGCUGGGCUUCGCACGGUUUCAGCGCCCCGUGCCAACGGCAUGCCGGGUAUCACCGCACCACACCAUGGACAGGGUGGGGCGGUCGCACACGGAAGCACAGCAGCCACUGUAGCCGCCGCCGUCGCUGCGGCGGCACCCGCUGGCCCGACAGUAGCGCCUCCGCCGCCUGCUGCCUCCCCGCGUGCCACCUUGCUGAACUCCGUGCUGACACUCAUGAGCCAGACCGCCGCGGCGCAGCGCCUGCAGAGCCGCGUGCUGAGCGACUCCCUGGCGGCCGGGGACAGUGCGGCCGCCUCAGCCGCCGCUGCUGCUGCUGCGGGAGGAGCUGAUUCGCCGCUGGCCCGCGCGGGCGCGGAGUAUUCCCUGGGUGCGUGGGGCGCGCUGCAUGACGCAGGUGGCGGCAAUGUCGAUGGAGGCCUCCGGGCGCAGCAACGACAGCGGCACAGGUCGGAAUCUGCGGGUAACGGUAACGCCAGCGGCGGUGGUGGCGGCAGCUCUCCGGGGUCAUCGGACGUGGCAGAGUCGCUGCUGCACAGCAGCAUGGGCUCGGCGAGGACAGCCACCGCCGCCGCGACAGCGACCGGGCUGAUUUCCUCUAGUGAGCGAGCAGAGGCGGCGGCGGCGACGACGGGGGCCGUCGUACAGGCUGUUGCCGCCGCCCUCCGAGCCAGCGCCGCCAGCAGCAACAACGGCGACCGUGGUAGCGGUGACGGCAGCAGCAACAGCCCCGGGAAUGCCGCGGAGCUGCUUUCUGCAUCCAUCAACCCUGCAUUCCUGCUGCUCCUGCCACAACUGCUGCAGCAACAGCAACAACAGCAGCAGCCGUUGGCGCUAUCCUUGGAGGAGCAACAAGCGCGGGAGCAGCAGCACCGGCAGGGGCUUGCUGCCAUGCUGCAAACGCUGGACUUGGCGGCGGGCAGACUCUGGGCUCCCUCGGAGAGCAACUACGACACCGCUUCCGUGCAAACCGACAACAUCUCUAACGCCAACACCAACACCAGCGCGGUAAGCACCAUGCGUCGGCGUCCGCCAGCACCCCUCCACCCACAUGACCCGCAACAACAACAGCAGCAGCAACAACAACAACAGCGGCAGCAGCAACUUAAUGCUUCGGCUUCGAGUGGUCGUAAUGCCGCUCCCCACCUGCAAAGCCUGCUAGCAGACGUGGGUCCCAGGACUCCGCCCACCAACACCGAGCCGGGAGGCGUCGCCGCUGCUGCAGCCAACGGCGCAAGCAGGAGGAAGGGCGGUCUCAGCAGCGAUGUGGACGCUGCUUUGGCGGCUGCGCUGGACCCCGCUGCUGCGCGCCAGGCGGGUGCUUUGCUGGCCAUGCUUCAGGAGAAGUACCAGCGGAGGCGGGAGCAUCGGGCGGCGGCGCGGGCUGCUGGCAUGGCGUCCGGUUCUAGUGAGAGCGGCCGGAGCUCUAGCGGUGGCGUCGACGGGAGCACCGGGAGCGGCGGAGCAAGUGGGUUUGCACGAGGGGUGCAGGAGCAGCAGCGGCAGCAUGAGCUGCAUGUGCGUGUGACUGCGGAGGGAGGAGUGCCGGCAGUGGGCGGCGGGAAGGGGCCGGUGUCGCCGCGGAGCCGUUACGAUGAGCUGGGCAGCAGCGCCAGCGGCAGCGGCGUCGUCGGUGUGUACAGCAGCGGUGGCGGCGCCGCCGACGGUGACGGCGGCAGUAGCUGUCAGGAUAUGGGCUGGGGCAUCGGACAUGCGUCACACCCACCGGACGGCAGCCUCCACUACCAGUCCUCGGAGCCGCCGCCGCAGGUGCCGGAGCAACCUGGGGCCCCCGCGCAGCAGUUCUGGCUGCAGCAGCAGAUCCAGCUGCUGCAACACCUGCUCCAGCAGCAGCUGCAGCAGCAACAGCGGCAGCAGCAGCGCCAACACCAGCAGCUGCAGCGGCAGUUGCAGCAGCUGCUGUCCGUGUCCUCGUCGCUUUCGGCAUCCGUUGACUGGUCAGCGCUGCGGCAAGGAGCCGCCGCCGCCACACAUGCUGCUGCUGCUGCCGGUAGCAGCCCUGCUGUCAUCAACGACAGCAGUGAUGGUUCCGAGCCAAGUCUUGGCAAGGGAGGCGGCAUCCAGACAAAGCCAGCAGCCGGGGUGGCGGCGGCAGCUGCUGUGGCGGUUGCUCCCAAUACCGGAGCAGCAGCAGCGUCUGCGUCCGGUGUGGUGUCCCCCGCCGGCAGCACCUCCGCCUUCAAGGACCUGCAUAAGAUGGUUCACGACAUGGAGCGCCUGCUGUCAUCCAUGACCGACAGCCCCCUCCUGCAGGCCGCGGGAGAGGACUCGGAGGUGCUGCUUGGAGAGGCUCCCGCCCUGGCCCCUACCGCGACAGCACCAGCAGGAGGGGCAGCAGCAGCAGGCGGGGCUGACAUGCGCUCCAGCUGGCAGCAGCUGCAAGGAUAUCAGCCCCACCUGAGGCAGCCGCAGCAACAGCCGCAGCAGCCUGCCAUGGAGCUGCAUCAGGCACCCAGCCUGUCUGCUGGCUUGGCCGCGGCCACUGUCACCGCCGCCACUGCGUUCCCUCCUGCUGCUGCCCUUGUUGCUGCUGGUGGUGUGGGGCCCGGUGCGGUGUCGAGCCAGGCCGGGGUCGUACCAGCCAGCGCGCCCAACAGCUUCUUCAGCGACGGCAGCAGCUGGGGCCGCGGGCCCGGCGGCAGCGGCAUGAUGCCGCCUGUCAUGCCGUCCUCCUCUUCCGUACCUGCAGCAACCACCCAACCUCCUCGCGCGGUCGGAAUUGACGGCGGGCGCAGCACCACGGUCCGCACCACUGGCAGGGUCGCAAUGCAGCCGCCUCCAUCCACCAUGCCAACCACCAUAACCGCCACAACCACCAUCACAACAACGACCUCGCCUUCCAAGCACCCCACUACCGGUACCACCACCGCUGCUGCUCCAGCAGCAACAACAGCCGCCGCGGCCUUCCAACCGUUGCCGUCGUCGUUCCUCCCAGAGGCUCAGCUCAUGCCGCCUUCCGACUACCCACCCCCUGCUGUACUGCCACUUGCCCCGGCACCCGGCUCCGAGCCCGCCUCCUCCGCCCCCUCCUACUCCUACUCCGCCACCUCCGCCACCGAAACCAUGGCGGAGCAGCUCCGGCAGAUGCGCGAGAACAUUGUCCGCAUAGAGCAGCAGCUCUGGCCCGGAGGUCAGCCCAACAACGCGGCGGCUGCGGCUGUGGCGGCGGUGACCCUCAAGGGCCGCGCCGCGGCGGGUACUGCUGCUGGUUCUGGAAGCCCUAGCCACAGAAGCAAGGCGGCGGCGGCGGCAGGGACGGGGACGGCUGCAAGGACAGCAGCGGCUGUGAAGCCGGUUGUUGCGGCUGCUGCCCAGGGGAGCCCACGAGGAGGAGGAGCAGCAGCAGCAGCGGCUGCUACUGCCGUUGCUUCUGUGCCGUACUUCCCGUCCUCUUCUUCGUCGGACUCGUUCCCUCCUGCGCCCUACUUGAUGGCUGGGGAUGUCGCCAAGGGCGGCGACGGCAGCGGUACGGCGUACAUGUACGACAACAGCUUCGGGACGUCGUCGUCUCCAGCCAGGGCAUCGGGGGCGAUGUGGCAGCCCUCGCUAGCCGACGGCAUGUGCGGCGAGGAUGAUGGUGGCAGCGGCGGCGCCGGAAGUGAACGGAACGUGUGGAGUGCUCGCACUGGCCGGCGGUAUGCAGCUCCGCCGCCGGCAUUUGGACAGCUUCAACAGGAUGACUGGCUGCAGCAGCAGCAGGGAUCAUUCCUCCAUCCACAGCCACAACAACAGCAGCAGCAGCCUCAGCACAAUUCCCGGCGGCAUCGGUCUCCCCCUGGUGGCAGCGGUGCUGGCAACGGUGGCGGGGCGCCAGGGCGCCGACCGAUGCGCCUGCUGGACGUGUACGGCCCGGGCGCUAUGGCGGGUGCUGUACCCGAGGAAGGGGAGGAGGGUGACGAAGGGGGUGAGGAGGGGCAGUCCUUUGAUUACGGCUCCCAUUAUCAGCAUCAGCAAUACCAGCAGCCGUACCAACCGCCGCCAUCACAGCAACAGUACCAGCAGCAGCAAUACCACCAGUCGCUGUCGUACGCACCCCAUUCGGAUCCAGAAUCGCCUUACCAAGGCGUGCCGUACCCGCAAUCGCACGACAUGUCCUCGUACGAAUCGCAUGGAUGGGACAGUCGUACCAGCACGGUAACCGGUACGGCCACGGACCCCAUUGGGCGCGCAUGGCACACCGCGGCGGCAGCCACGGGCGCCGGCAGCGCUUUCCGGGGUGGCAGCGGCAGCGGCGGCGGCGGCCGAAUGACGGGUUCGGGUGCUGUGUCGGUAUCAGAACGCGGGUUGAGGAGCGUCACCGGCAGUGGCAGCGGCAGCGCAAUCGAGCCCUCCUUCCGAGCCAUCAUAUCACGUGCGGAGGAGCUCAGGACGAGCAUAGCGGGCAUGGCACCGUCAAGCAACACGCCAUCAUCGCCGCCGGCACCCGGGACGCCGGCUUCUCCAGGGAUGGCGGCUGCAGCACCUGGGAUGGUGAUGACGGGGACGGUAGGGAGCCCUGCUCACACGGCCCGGCUUGGCGGCGGCGGUGGUGGUGGCGGUGGCAGCAACCUCAAUGCACGUGGAGGAGGGGGAGUGUGGGCCGGGUCGCUGCCAGGGACCGCAGCCAUGACGGCGGCAGGGCCCGCAGCGGCGGCGGCGGGCAGGAAGGGUAGUUCCCUUGGCGGCAUGGUGGCGGGUGGAAGCGGCAGUCGCGGUGGCGGUGGCGCUGGAGGGGGCAGCUUGAGUCCAAGGGCUGGGACCGCGGGCAGCGGAGGAAGGAACAGCAACGCCGACGGCGGCGGCGGUGGCGGUGGCGGCGGCAGUGCCCGGAUCCGUAGUGGCGCGGGCGCCUUCGGCUCUACCGUCUUCACCGCUGUGUCUAGCGGAACUGGCAGCUCCGGGACUGGCAGCGCCGCCAGCGGAGUCCUCGGAGGUACGGCAGCAGCCCGCGCCCCCGCUGUAGCGGCAGGCACUGCUGGCGGCAGGGUCGCCUCCAGGAAAGGGUUGACAGCGGCGGCAGCGGGCUCCUCCAGCGGAGCAGGCAGCGGAGGCGGCAGCUCCAGUAGCAGCGGAGGCAGCGGCAGUGGCUCGGCACGUUCUGGGGUACGCCUUGCUGCUGCUGCUGCUGCUGCUGCUGCUGCUGCUACUGGCGGCAGCAGCGGAAAGGCGGGUGGUGGCGGACUGCGAAAGUCCGGUGGCAAGGCACCUGCCAGCGGCAACGCGUCUUCCAAUGCUAGCGGCAGCACCGGUAUCCGUGGCAGUGGCAGCGGCAGCAGCAGCCGCGGUGGCAGCAGCAGCAGCGGCGGCGGCAGCAGCACCGACGGCAACAGCGGCAUCAUUGCCCCCGUUGUUGUCCCAACGGGUGUGCUGGCAGCGGGUGCAGGUGCAGGCGGUCUUGCCUCCUCAGCCGGCUCGGCGGGCCUGGCGGCCCGACACGUGGAGUUGCUGGAGGCUCGGCUGGUGGGGGAGUUGGGGGAGUUGGAGGACGC